AUGAUUAAGCCUAAGAAAGAGGAAGGUAGAUAUGGUAAAGACAUGCUGCAGGACCUCCGGAUUGCACCACCCUUUUCUAUCAUCACUAAGGUGAAAUGGAUUACAUGGGAACCUCCAGCUAUGACUAUGAUGAAAUUAAAUGUUGAUGGAGCUUCAAAAGGUCUGAUGGUCAGGUUGGUGCACUGGAUGUCUGGGGUAUUGGGUUUUGUUGAUCUGGGUUUUUCCUGGACCUUGUUUUGGUUUUAUGAGGUGUCUCAUUGUUGUCCAUUGCUGUUUUUGGUUGGGCACCUGUGUGUUUCUGGUCUGCCUGGGCUGUUCCUGUUUGUCCUGACUCCUCCCCUGUGUUCAAUGGCAUGGCUGGUUUUGCUUCUGCUGCCUGCUGUUUUGCUGCCCCUGUUCUUUGAUGCUGCCUGUCCUGGACUGGAGCUCCUUUGCUCUUCUGGGUUCCAGCUUUAUUGCAGCUGCUGGGAUCCUCAUUGCUUGGCCUACCUCAGAUGGGACCCUGUGGCCUUGCUGGGCAUUAUGGAUUCAUGUGGGGUUCUUGUUGGUUCUGGGUUGAAGGGCACUGCUCACGUGACUGCUCAUGGGACUGCUCCCGUGAACAGUGUUAAUGCCAGAAGUCGAAUUGGAAAUUGCAAUAGGCUUUCCAAACCUGGCAUUGGGUGUCCAUGUGGAGGAGAGUUUGCGGCUGAUGACUGCUGGCUUGACGGGUACCAUGAAGACAGUGCACCCCGUCCUUCAUAUUGA